CCCCAGCCUCAACCAGAUUUUAAACACCAAUAAUGUCGACAGCUCCCCCCAAAGGGCAUCACUACGGAAAACUUACCGCAUACGGAUGUUGCUCUGCUCACCCUCGGUGAUGCCGCCGACUUCCAUGUUGCAAAAGUCCGCCAACAUUCGGGGUCCAUGGUAAAGGGCUGUCAAGGUCAAGCCUCGCGGCUCCACCGGAUGAACGCAAUUGACAGCACGCAGGGCUCACCAACUUGCACAUGUUCUCUCGCAUCCAAAGCGGUAUGCCUCGGCGCUCUGCAAGAAGCCUUUCAGUGGUGUUCAGGACAGUCCUCCAUCGAUUAUGUUUCCGCAACACGUCGCGGCCGAACGAGCCCACUCCUGCGUUGGUUAGACUUAACUAUGGCAUUAAGUGAUGCUCCGAGGCUCCAGAUAUCCCUCUGCAUCCAACUUGCCAACCGGUAUCGUUACGAAACGUCUAAGGAUAAGCCAGCCAGCUCAGACAGGGAAGUCGAGACGAGCCAGGGGCGGACAAUUGCUCACCGCCUCAUGCAAGACAUCGAGCCUGACGCGAAAUCAUUUUCCCAGCUUGAUCGGCUUGCUUUCUCUGUCGGGGAUUUACUCGCUUCCAUUGUCUUCUUGAGGAGUUCUCCGCAUUCGAGGGUACAGAUUCAGUACCAGGAGGACAUUCCCAGGGCUCCAUCCCCAAGGCGGCGGUACCCGAACUGCCGCUCAGUACCUGCAUGGGGGCUGAUUCCUAGAACUUCGGGACUGCCGUCUUGGAUGACGUGGUCGACCAUCCAUAUGGGUCGCCAUCUCAUCUUCCACCGGUUUCACCACGUCCUUGCAUCUCUUACUAUCCUCUUUUACGAUCGACAAUCCCUCAUGACAUUGACACUAGGACCAUCUCCUCUGCUUGACAACCCCUUUUGCCUUCCACAGCCUGAUGUUCCCCCCGCCCCACCCCUCGUGCAUGACCAAUCUAUAACCCCACAGGCUCAGCUUACCCUUCCCCACGGUCUCAACCUCAGGUCCGUUCUCAAGCAGCUACACCAGCCUGAUUAACGUUACAUUGCAUCAACCCCAGCAACAGGUUCGUCCAUGCUGCAUGCUGCCCCGGGACAAGCAACCUGAAGCAGAGUAUGACCUCCCUGUUGCCCACAGCUGAGCCUACUACAUGACAUUCCAUUUCCUUUUCAGGUUCGAAUCCGCGGCCACCCUUCAUGCUGC